AGUUCAUCACUUUCAACGACUCAAGAAGCAUCCACGUCGUCGGCACCACCAGCAAAAUGGACGCCAAUGUCAAUACGGACCGGUCUCAUAGCACGUAAACGAGGGAUGUCUGCUCUAUGGAAUGACCAAGGGGUUCGUAUUCCUGUAACAAUUCUUCAGCUGGACCAUUGCCAAGUCACCGCAAAUAUCCGCACAGUCCGAAGGGACAGCUCGGUCUACCAUGCUGUUCAGGUCGCGGCUUCCGAUAAACCUUACAAGACAGCUACCGCGCAGAUGAAAGGUCAUUUUAGAAAGGCUGGUGUUGUUCCCAAGUAUAUCGUGAAAGAGUUUCCUGUUUCUGAAGACGCGCAUCUCCCUGUUGGGACGACAUUGUCCGCAAUACAUUUUGUACCAGGCCAAUACGUUGAUGUAAUAGCUACUUCAAUAGGAAAAGGCUUUCAAGGUGCAAUGAAGCGAUGGGGGUUUAAGGGUCUGAGGGCUAGUCACGGUGUUUCAAAAGCUCAUCGGUCUGCGGGUUCUACUGGUCAGCAUCAAGAUCCCGGCCGUGUGUUUCCUGGAAAGAAAAUGGCUGCUCGAAUGGGUGGCCAGCGAAUAACAACCCAGAACCUUCCCGUUAUACGCGUCGACACGAAUCUCAACCUCAUCUUUGUGCAAGGGUCAGUCCCAGGCGUCGACAAUGCCCACGUUAUGGUUCGGGAUGCAAAAAAGAAGAUGUUGACUCUGAGUCAACAUAACCAGCUUAAAGGUCUAUAUGAGAAGGUGUUACCUCGAGGCGUGGAUGACCUCCCUUUUCCUGCCGGGACCGAUGUGAUGGCUAAGGAACUUCCAACAAUCAUAGAAGCUCCUGCCUAUCGUAGAAGUCCGUUCAUUCCUCAGGAAUAA